AUGCGCGACGCGGCCAAUCAGAUUGUCGAUCAGUUUAACUCACUUUGAUGGUCAAUCAGCUAGCAUUCAUUCAUUCAGUGGAGCAACAACAUAUGCUACAACGAUCGCAGCAAGAAGAAUAGCGAACAAUCAUGUCACACCCAUCGUGGGCGGAUAUAUAUGAAUCCGUACGAAGUCCAACUCCUGAUCCUUCUAGCUCACGUUCAAAUGCACCUGGAUGGCAUUCAAACGAUGCAGAUGUGACGGAUUUCGGUCCCUCACGCUUGGAUGAUGAUGUAGAAGUCGUUCAAUGCGGAGAUUGUGGAAAAGUUGUACUUAGGGACGCACUAGGAUUUCAUCAGGAGAACUGUCGCUUGAUUCGGGAUAUCGCUGAAGGUAGAUUGUCACCUAGCAUCAUCGAAGGAGAGGUACGAACACUACGAAGCAGAAGGGACUCGGAUGUAUCCGAUGCUUCAUCCAUAUCACAAGCACAACAUGCAUUGGGCGGCACACGAAAGAAAGGUGCUCCGGAUGUUGAUACCCAAUGCGGUGUGAUCAAUGAUAAAGGAUUACCUUGUUCACGUUCGUUGACGUGCAAAUCUCACUCGAUGGGUGCAAAACGUGCAGUGUUGGGACGCUGCAAACCAUACGAUGAACUAUUGCUGGAAUGGCAAAAGAUUCAUAAUCCUGCUUUAGUGGCCAAAUUGGAAGAGAAAGAACGUGCAUUAGCAGCAGCAAAAGCAGCAUCAGCAGAACGUAAACAACCUGUACCGAUGAGCAAUGCAGAACAAGCUGAACAAUCCAAAGUUAAUUCUGCCGUUGCCGCUCAAAAGAGACAAGAAGAUCCGAACAGCGAUAUGUACACUUUGGGUUUCAACGAUGAAGAAGUGGAUACCGAAUUCACUGAAUUGGUCAGCGCAAUCCGUGCUGCUGUUGAGAAUGAACGAACACGAAUCUUACCGCUUGCUCAACGUAGCUUUGCAGGCGUUUACACUCAUAGAGCACAUACUUUACGCAGUUGCAGAGAGUUACUUCGUGAAGGUUUGCGAAGUGCAGCAAAGGCAACACAUGCUGCCAAUUUCGCAUAUCAACCUCAAGUACCAACUUCCGCUGUGAAUGCUGCUGCUAUGGCUGCUGCUGCCGCGGCUACCAAUCAUCCGAUGGGCAUGUCACUCGAUCCUACAGGGAGGCCAAUGAAUCCAGUAAUGAUGAAUCAAGCACGUUAA